CAGCUAGCAACCUUUAAUUGCAUUGCCUUCCAUCUCAAUAAAAAGUUGGCUGGGGUGGUUGCAUCUCCUCAACCCACUCUUCCUCUUAAAUUCCUUCCUUCCUUCUUCUCUCCCAAUUCUCACUCGCAUCCCUCUGUUAAUUAUUUGGGUUUCUUCAUCUCCCACACCAAUUCCCCGGCCCUGGCCAUCGAGAUUUUGAUCUCGCUGCUGUCCGGCCAUCUACUUUCUUCCUCUGUUGCAAAUUAUUCGAUCGCAGCCACCGCGCGCAGAAGAAAGUGCGAAUUAAGAUGAAGCAUCUCAAGCUGGCUUUUCACUACUCGGUCUCUAACUUCCACUAUCUCAUCGGCCUCUCCCUCCUCCCUGCUAUCUCCUCGCGCUACUCGACCUCCGAUUUGUGGUUGAUGUGGGACGGCAUUCUCCGACUCAAUCCGCAGCUCCUUGUGCUCUGCUCCACCCUGCUCGCCCUCUCGACGGCGCUCUGCUUCAUGAAGCGGCCGCGGCCGGUGUACCUCCUCGACUUCGCCUGCGUGAAGCCCGGCGUCGCGUGCCAGUGCCCGCGCGAGCGGUUCAUGAAGCAGUCGGUGGGCGCGGGAGUCUUCACGGAGGAGAACCUCACGUUCCAGAAGAAGAUCCUUGAGCGGUCGGGGCUGGGCCAGGAGACCUACUUCCCGGAGGCACUGUUGGCGUCGUCGCCGAGGCCGUGCAUGGAGGAGGCGAGGAAGGAGGCCGAGAUGGUCAUGUUCGGGGCCAUCGACGAUCUCCUGGCGAAGACGGGGGUGAGGCCGAGGGAGAUUGGGAUCCUGGUGGUCAACUGCAGCCUCUUCAACCCGACGCCGUCGCUCUCGUCCAUGGUUGUUAAUCGGUACAAACUCAGAGGCAACGUCCUCAGCUACAACCUCGGCGGAAUGGGUUGCAGCGCCGGACUCAUCUCCAUAGAUCUCGCCAAGCAAUUGCUCCAAGUGCACCGGAAUAGCUACGCGUUGGUGGUAAGCAUGGAGAACAUCACCCUGAACUGGUACAUGGGCAACAACCGCUCGAUGCUGGUGUCCAACUGCAUCUUCCGGGUGGGCGGCGCCGCCAUCCUGCUCACUAACCGCCGUUCCGACUCCCGCCGCGCCAAGUACCAGCUCAUCCACACCGUGCGCACCAACAAGGGCUCCGACGCGCGCUCCUACGGAUGCGUCUUCCAGGAGGAGGACGGAGCCGGUAUGGUCGGCGUGGCGCUAUCGAAGGACCUCAUGGUGCUGGCGGGGGAGGCGCUGCGGACCAACAUCACCACGCUCGGUCCGCUGGUGCUCCCUAUGUCGGAGCAGCUCAUCUUCUUCGCCUCGCUGGUGCUGCGCAAGGUGUUCAAGAUGAAGCGGAUGCGCCCUUACUUGCCGGACUUCAAGAUGGCCUUCGAGCACUUCUGCAUCCACGCCGGGGGCCGGGCGGUGCUGGACACGAUGGAGAGCAACCUGGAGCUGAGCCGGUGGCACAUGGAGCCGUCGCGGAUGACGCUGUACCGGUUCGGCAACACGUCGAGCAGCUCCCUGUGGUACGAGCUGGCGUACGCGGAGACGAAGGGGAGGAUGAGGAAGGGCGACCGGACGUGGCAGAUCGCGUUCGGGUCCGGGUUCAAGUGCAACAGCGCGGUGUGGCGGGCGCUGAGGACCAUAAACCCGGCCGAGGAGAGGGGCCCGUGGACGGACGAGAUCCAUCGGUUCCCCCUCGAUGUGCCCACGGUGGAAAUGGUCAAGGAUUAAACAUUUCAUGUUCAUCAGUUCAUAUAUAUACACUGGUCAGAUUCAUUGAUUUAAGAGAAAAAAAAAAAAGUAAAAUUGAGUAAAUUAAAGGACAAGAUGUAUGGAUAAUUUCAGUGCAUGCUGAAAACUUCCCCCUCGAUGAGUAAAAUUGAGUAAAUUAAAGGUCA